ACGUCUUCCUCCUCGCGUUCCUCUCGUCAGUACGGCGACGCCGCAAGGCUCGCACCGCUGACAGUCCCCCUUCCCGGAUCGAGCCUCUCUUUUCCCAGAUCGGAUUCUAAUUUGGCUAUCGCCGCCGCCCUACGCCAGGUGCCGAGUCCUUAGCUGAUCUUCGCCGGCGAGGAGCGCCCACCAGGAGUUACAGAUUGAAUGACAAGAAUGUUCUCUAUAUCAUCCUCAGUAUGUGUGAAGAAAUAGUCUGUAACUACACAUACCUUUCAUUGCAAUUACCAAGAACUGGAAAUGGACGAUGAUAAUGGGCUUGAGCUUAGUUUGGGCCUAUCUUUGGGCGGGUCAUCAGGGAAGGCCAAGGCUAGAGAUGCACCUCUAGAACCAAAAGCAGAACCCCAAGUGGAAGAAAGCAGUAGCAAAGGUGGUUUACAAACUCCUGAUGCUCCUUCUGGGAAAUUUUAUCAAAAGAGCGCUGAUAACCAUGAACAAAAUAGUAAACAGAGGCACAGCCCUGUUGCACCACAAUUUGGGAACUUCUGGGGACAACCAGGGAAUUCCUCCGGUCCAGUGGUAGAUGGUUCUGUUGAACCGGUGAGUCAUCAGCCUCAGCUUUCCAGUUAUCAAGAUGGAAGGAUGCCAAUUAACAGUGGAAAUAAUUCUGAGGAGCAGAAGCCAGUUUCUGGUAACCACAAGUUGCCUUCUGAAGAGAUGAACUUUCAGAAGAAACAUCAGACAGCUAGUGACCAGCCUGAUGCAUUCAGUAAGAGCUCUGACGGAGGUGCAAAGAAUGCACCUAUCUCGAUUAGUACGGAUGAUGGUUCAACUGGUGAAAAUGAGGAUGUUGCAGAGUCAGAAGCAGAAGGCUCAAAUUCUUGGUUGGUUGCACAGCGUGAAGACAGUGCUAAGGGCUCUGUUGUUAACAAAGGAACUGAUAGGAAAAGGUCCGCCGAUGCUGCUGCAGAUGGUUUUAAAGGAAAGAGACAACCAAGUUUCUCAGGAAGCGAGUCCAGCUCUGGAAAGUUGACACCUGGAAAUCUUAUAUCGAUGCAGGCAUCAAAUGUAGUGGCUUUGCCAUAUCAAGUCCCAGGUCAAGUUUCUGGACCUCCUGUCUUAACUAAUGCACCAAAUUUUCACCCGGUAUGUACUGUGCAGUUGAGGCCGCCCACAAAUGGUGGACUAGCUGUCCAGACAAUGGGUAGUGCCUCUCAAGUUGCUUUUGGUUACCCAGCAGUCCAGCUACCAACACUUGAAACGGGCUCUUCAUGGGCAUUUGGUGCUCCACCUCAGGCUCUGUCUUCUUUUACUGCAAAAGACAAAGCUGAUCAAACAGGAACCAAGCAAGUUGACGAUGGCAAGAAGCCCCAGGAGGCAGGUGCUUCCUCGUCUGCUCAUGCUGAAGAUGAGAAAAAGGCUGAUAGAGGACUCUCUCUUAUGGGUUCUGCCAUAAGGCCAGGCAUCGCACCAAAUGUCAAAUUUGGAGGGUCUGGAUCAUAUCCGGAUCUUCCCUGGGUUUCUACCAUCGGCGCCGGACCAAAUGGCAGAACCAUAUCAGGUGUGACAUACAAGUUUGGUAGAAAUGAGGUAAAGAUAGUAUGUGCUUGCCAUGGCACUCACAUGUCUCCGGAGGAGUUCAUGCGGCAUGCAAGUGCAGAUGCUCCGGCCCAAGAUAAUAGUGCAACCCUGCCAGCAUUCCCUGCUGGUAACCAAGCCACGUCUGCAGAAAAUUAGGUUAGCGGUUCAGAGAAUGCUUGACUAAUAAUCCUUGCCCCUCUUGUGUCUAUAUCAGCCAUUCACUGUAAUACUCAGUGUUCAUCUCGUGUUAACUUUUUAUCAUGCAAGUUUAGAUUCUUGUAUUUUGAGCUUUGUUUGAGGAUAAAAUCUGUGUAUUUUUAGCGCUAUGUAACACAUGGACUGCCAAUUGCUGUGGUUGGAUUUUGAUC